CGCAGAGAGACUGAAGCUCUGCUGCAGAGUAUUGGCAUUUCACCUGAACCAUCAUUAGUUCCGACUCCAAUGUCACCAUCCAAAUCUGUGAGCACCCCCAGCGAGACAGGAAGUCAGGAUUCGGUGGAUGGAGGAGCUGCAGGAAGGCUUAGGUAAGAACCUGUGUCAGUGGUCUGAGUUUUUUAUGCCUUGUUGGCUUUUAAUGUGGUUUUUGUCAAUUUCCAUCACACCCAGUGUUUUGAUGACCACAUGAGUGACUUUUUCAAUAUAUAUCGCGAAUAUAUAAUAUGCACCGAAGUCAUGCAAAUAACAUGAAGAGGUGGUAAUGAAAGUGUGAGAGAGGAAGAAAAGAAACACAAAAUAGCAGGUAUAUUUUGUUUAAAAAUAAACAAACGAAAACUGAAUCUUUUGAGUUGAUAACAAAGUUGACCCCAAAGACACCAACUUGACUUUUAUAACUUUCAUUUAGUGUCCCCCUCAGAAAGUGUAGAUAGAUGCUUUUUUAAAAUUAAUUUUAAAGUAAAAAAGAAUAAAAUAUAUAUAUAAAUAUAUGCAUAUUUAAUUUAGAUUUUACAUGUUAAAUUAAAGCAUGUCUCUCCUCUAUAUUUAACUGUACACCACUUUGUUACUGAUUUAAUAGUUCAAUGAACUAAUAUUGUGAUUGUAACAAAACAUAAAGUCAGCUAGUUUAACACCUUUUAAACAUCAUUUAACUGGAAGGUCAAUGGUCAUCAAGCACUUUGCUUCACUCGCUAUCCAUCAGCAGUGUGUGGUGAAAGAAUGAAUGUGGACAAUGUUCAAUUCGUGUUGUUGGGCUCAAGUUGUUGCUUCGCUACAUUACAAGGUGGCAUUUGGGCUAACAUACUUUCAUUUUUUCUCAUGAGUUGAAUGUGUUGCCCCUUCCAAAUCCAUCUUGAGUGCAGUCCAUGUUCAGCUCCUCCAUCCGUGCAUGUACAUGUGUUUCUUCAUAGGUCAGGUUUCUCUAAAAACAAGUCACAGCCUCACACCGUAAGGACCCUGCAGUGGGACACAGACCCGUCAGUCCUGCAGCUGCACGCUGAUUCUGAACUGGGACGGAAGAUGCAGAAGCUGGGGGCCUCCAAAAUCACACAAGUGGACUUCCUCCCCAAAGAGGUGGUCUCAUACAGCAAGGAGACACAAACGCCACUCACUGCCCACUUAUCUGAAGUGGAGGAGGAAGAGGCUGAUGAAGACAUGAUGGAGACGAUGCCAAGGCCAGAGGCUGCCCUUGAGAACGGAGAUGACAACGAAGAAGCCAAGGAAGCUACUCUGCCUGUGCUGCGGGAGCUGACUGAGGAGGAAAGGCAGCAUGCACUUCACUCAGCAGAGUUUCAGACCUUCUUUGACAGCAGCAUCCGGGUGAUGGAGAGAGCUCUGGCUGAGAACAGCGACAUCCUCUUCGACUACAGCGGACGAGACCUGGAGGACAAGGAGGGAACAAACAGAUCCAGUCUGUCUGUCAGUCGAGUUUUCUAUGAUGAACACUGGUCAAAGCAUCGUGUCGUCACCUCUCUGGACUGGUCCCCUCAGUAUCCAGAGUUGCUUGUUGCUGCGUACAACAGCAAUGAAAAUUCCCAUCAUGAACCCGACGGCGUUGCUCUUGUUUGGAACAUCAAGUUCAAGAAGGCAACACCCGAAUACGUCUUCAACUGCCAGUCCUCCCUGGUUUCAGUCUGCUUUGCCAAGUUUCAUCCCAACCUGGUGGUAGGGGGCACAUAUUCAGGGCAGAUCGUCUUGUGGGACAACCGCAGUCACCGCCGGACCCCUGUCCAGAGGACCCCUCUGUCUGCUGCUGCUCACACUCAUCCAGUCUACUGUGUAAACGUGGUUGGCACCCAGAACGCAAACAACCUCAUCACUGUUUCUUCAGAUGGCAAGAUGUGCUCAUGGAGUCUCGAUAUGCUCUCACAGCCUCAGGAAAGUAUGGAGCUCGUGUAUAACAAAUCCAAACCUGUGGCAGUGAUGAGCAUGGCCUUCCCUGUUGGAGACGUCAAUAAUUUUGUAGUAGGUAGCGAGGAAGGGAUCGUGUACACCUCCUCCAGACAUGGCAGUAAAGUGGGUAUCUUUGAGAUGUUCGAAGGCCAUUACGGACCAGUGACAGGGGUCAGCUGUCACAGUGCAGUGGGCACACUGGACUUCUCCCACCUCUUUGUCACGUCGUCCUUUGACCUGACGGUGAAACUGUGGAGCACCAAGCACAACAAACCCCUGUGCACUUUCGAGGACAACGGCGAGUACGUGUAUGACGUCAUGUGGUCGCCAGUGCACCCUGCGGUUUUCGCUGCAGUGGACGGAAAUGGCCACUUGGACCUGUGGAAUCUCAAUAACGACACGGAGGUACCGACUGCCAGUGUGGUUGUUGAAGGUGCCCCGGCAUUGAACAAAGUACGCUGGUCCUCUGGAGCCAAAGAGGUCGCCGUCGGGGACUCGGAGGGGAGGGUCUGGAUUUACGAUGCAGGAGAGCUAUCAGCGGCACACAGUGACGACUGGCCGCGCUUCAACCAGACGCUGGCAGACAUACGGACCAACCGCUCCGACAAUGAGGAGGAUGUGCCAGUGGAGCUGCCUUCAUAGAAGACCCGGACCAAAGUUAAGGGGUUCUAAAAAUGCCUUGUGCGCUUCUACUGGUGUCAACUGUAGCAUUCGCUCUUCACUCUUCUCACCUGCUCAUACUUUGUCGUCCAGUUCUGGUGUGCUUUAUUGUAUUUUGGCAUUUCCUCUUCUGUACGUGCACCUUCUGGGUGAGAGGCUUCUAACUUGUUGAACGUCACGUGGUCCACCUUUUUCAAGUCUGCAGUAUAUAUGACGGUGUUCUCCAGCCUUAUUACGAUGUGUACUGUACCAAUGCUUUGCACUACAAUGAUCCAGGGUCUCCUCUGAUCGGCCUUUGUGUUAACCUCCCCGUGAUCCCUGCAUGCAUCAAAAGGUAUGGCACUCAUAACUGUGAGUUUAUCAUGCUAACAUGUGUCCGACAUGGCGGGUGAGCGCCUGCGUCUGAGUGAGGACGUAUGCUGUCACACGGAGCCUGGUGUUAUACCUGCUUUUUGCUAAUAAAGCUACAGUGAUCGAA